AGAUUACAGUGACAAGGUCCAACCGUUUAAACACGCGAUUUUUAAACCAAUAUAUAAAGCCAACCAGUUUUAUCCAGUCGUUUCUGAAGUGGCCAUAAAAGCUUAUUGACAAAUAUUGCGCAUCUACACUAAACUGAUUCCGAGAGUUGCUGAGUUGCGUUGCUGAGUUUCCGAACGUUGCUGAGUUGCGUUGUUGAGGAAUUCGAAGCGAGUGAAAAAUGAACCAUCGUCACCACGGCCACCAUGGAUUCGGUCAUCAUCACCAUCAUGGCCAUCACCAUCACCACGGUGGUCUCUUCACAGGUCUUGCUGUGGGAGCUGCCCUUGGUGCAGCAAGUACUAACCAUCACACUGAACCCACCAAGGUAGUUCAUGUACAUGUCCCUCCUCCCGUGCAGCAGCCAUACCCAGCAGGACAAGUCCCACCUCCAAAUCAAGCUCCUUACCCAGGUUACCCACCCCAGACUGGGUAUCCACAACAGAAUGGGUACCCCCAACAGACUGGGUACCCACAACAGGCAGGAUACCCACAGGCGACGUAUCCACCGCAGCCUGGGUACCAGACGCAGCCUGGAUACCCUUCUGCACCUCCACCUCCUGUCUACCCAUCUGCACCCACGUACCCAAACACUGGAGGUUAUCCGUACCCUAAAUAAUAUGACAGACCCCCACCCCCACCUCAAAGGAGCUCAAGUGCAAACCGAAUACUUCGUUAAAGCUGGUCCAUAAGAAGGACCUUAAUAUAUAUAUAUAUACAUUGCCCAUGUGACGUCAUUGACCACCAUCUUUGAUGAAACGAGCACGUGUGAAAGGUUUUCAGAGGCUGAGAGUUGUACACGCGUGUACUUUUCCAUUGUUUAUCAUCAAAUAUGGCGGUCGAUGGCGGUUUGUGCAUUCCAUAUUUUAAAGGCAG